AAUACCAAAUAUCAGCGAUCAACAAAUUGAGCAAAUGCGAGAGCGAGAACUGGCUAAUUGGUUAAAAGACUAUGUGGGAAGGAACGAAGUUGAUAACUGCAUUUAUCAAAUAGCUCAAGGGCCCAGCCGAAAAGUACAAUCAUAUAAAGGAUAUUUUGUGAAUGGAUUUAAAUUUCAUCGACAUGAUUAUGGCAGAGAGCGAAAAACAUUAAAUAGUGGUGUAUGGGUCAAAGGAAGUUGUUAUAAUGAAUAUGAAAGUGAUUACUAUGGCUUGUUGAAUGAGGUAUUAGAAUUAGAGUACUUUGGAGACAAAAACAAGACAAUCAUUUUCAAGUGUGAAUGGUUUGACACUAAUAGAGGGGUAAGGGUCCAUCCUCAACAUGGUCUUGUGGAAAUCAAUGUCAAAUUAAGGCUAGCAUCAUCUGAUCCAUUUAUUUUAGCUCAACAAGCUCAUCAAGUUUGCUAUAUUAAAUAUCCUAAAAUCAAUAAAGUCAGAGUUGACUGGUGUGCGGUUUUCAAAACCAAAGCUAGGAGCACUUACAAUAUUGGACCUUCCAUGGUUAACAACAAUUCAAAUGAGCAAAACUCCAAUGAUAUUGCUUAUCAAGAGGAUGAUGUCUCAAGACCUCAAGAAAUUGUACCAACAACCGAACUUGAUGAUCCCACAAUGUUACUUGAUUCAAGUAGUAUGGUUGAGAUGGAUGUUAAUGAAUUGCAACAAGUGCAACAACCACUUGAAGUGGUGGAAGAUGAAGAUGAGGAUGUAGAGGAAGAGGAAGAGGGAGAGGAUGAAGAAGAGGAAGAAGACACUGAAGAGUCAGAUGACGAUUUAGAAGUUGAUGGUAUUGAUAGUGAUGAUGAUGUCAACUUAGAAGAUGAUUCUGAAUGAUACAUUGUAAAGUAUAUCAUAUUUUUAUAUAUAUUCAUAGACUUAAUAUUUGAUUAUUAUUUUUUC